UGCUUUAAGACAGUAUGCAUCUUCGUGCGACAGUAAUUUGAUUUUUCCUCCGAGUAUAAAGAAAACUAAAAAUAGCAGUUAAAUUAAUAAAGAAGGGUUUACAUUGAUGUUAAACUAAAUGCCCAGGCAGUUCACUGGAUUUGCUUCUAAGCAUUUGUCGUAUUUAAAAGUUGUCUUAAUGUGAAAAGCAAAAAGGAAGCAUUGUGGCUCAGAUAUAUUCUGUGUGUUGACUGAAAUCGUUGACAAAUAAGGUCUUCAAAAGCACUUACAAAGAUUCUUUGUUCAGGAUAAUGACAUAAUUUGCGCUUACUGAAAAGGACUUUUUUCUUCAAAUUACAGUCCGCUCAGUCUGUGCUACCGAAUACCUGGGAAGAAAGACGACCGUAAACGGAAUAUAACAUUGAUCGACAUUUAGUGACACGCUGUGUUGCAGAAAUCAAUCAGUCUCUGUGUGGUAGGGUUUACGUAAUACAGGGGAAAUAAUUUCAUGAAAAGCUCUCCAGCAGAAAAGAAAUGGAGGUGGAGACAGGAGGGAGCCAGGAAGAAUGUUCAAGUGUAGAUAACCCUGACAUUACAGAAGUUGACAACAAUUCUGUGGAUACAGAAGUUUGUGAAAAACCCAAUCCAAUUGAUGAUCUUAAGAUAACUGAAAAGGAUUAUCAGGAAACAUCUAACCAGUCUGUUGAUAGUGUGUAUAGUGUUAAUACCAAAGAAAAUAAUGAAUGUGAACUGGGUGGAAAUAAGGAAACUGAAAUUGAAAUAAAAUGUUUGGAUACUAUUAAUGCAAACAGUUUAGAGGAUUUAAGGCCAGACAAAGUUGAAGACAAAGAUCAUGAACAUGAUUCAGGCACUGAUCUAGGGCCUGAUGAUCAUAUUGUGGAUGAUAUUGAUACCAAAGUUGAUGACAACAAGGGUGCAGAGGAUAUUGUAAAUUCUGAGGACAUUGAUAUUUACAGUGUAGUGAUGGGUAAUAACAUGGAAGGUGAGGGCAGUAAUGUUGAUAGUGAGAGUAAUGUGGAUGAAAAUUUGGACAAUGAUCCAAAAAUUGGCGAUGAAGCAUCUGUAGCUAAAGUUAAUGAUAACUGUGAUAAGCAUGAAGAGAAUACACAUAAAACUGAGCAAGAUCUUGGAAAUCAACAUGAAGGAACUGAAGAUAAGGAACAAAAUGCUCAAGAUGUUGAUAAAACAGAAUUACAAACAAAUCAAUAUGAAACCAAAGAUAUUCAGAGUGAGACUGUAGAUGAUAUGGAUGCGACACAAGAUAAUACUAAGUGUGUGGAAAAGGAAGAUGAAAGUGAUAAUGCUGAGCUAAGUGUGAAACCUGGAGAUUCAAGUUAUGAUUGUGGAAGUGAUAGGGAUGGUGCAGAAGUGGAAAUAGAUAAAGAGCAAGUUGCAAACUUUAUUAAGUCAGUUCUUAGUGAUAUCCAAGAAAUGGUGAAGGAAGAUGCAAGUUUGUUAGAGUGUAACAAAGUCUCAACUGAGGAAGACAGUGCUACAGAACUUGCAAUACCUACUGAACAUACUGAUGAUGAAACCAUUCAAGAGACAGAUUCUGGUUUAACUAAUGAUCUAGUUGGUGAAACAGAAACUUGUAUAUGUGGGUCAAGUGAACAAUCAGAAGAAUUAACAAGUGCUCUUGACAAGGAUCUACAGCCAGUUGUUGAAACUGAUGAUAAACUCAACAAAGAAUGUUCAGAUACUGGUGAAAAUCUGAUACCAAUGAAAAUAACUGAAGGAGAUAAGGCAGUGGUGCCUGGAAGUGCUGAAACAACAGAACUUACUGUUGAUGAUGAACUCACAGCUGAACAAAAGCUGAUGGAAAAUCAAAACCAGAAGAUGCAAGCUGUGGAAGCACAGUUGUCAGAGGUAAAGACCGCUCUCCAUUCUUCCCAUGCGAUGUUGCAGAAUGAACGUGCAAAACACAAUCAAGAAAUGAUGACCUUGAAACUCCAACUGUAUCACAGUCAAAUGACCUUGAAACAACAAAAGAGUAAGUCAGAAGGACAGAUGCAGGAAGUGAUGUCACAGUUGUUAUUUUUAGAAGGGAAAUUGAAACAAGAUCAGACCAAGGUCAAGGCUGAAUUGAGGAAUAAAGAUUUGUUGAUUGGACAAUAUGAGAGAGAGACAGUGAAACUGAAGGACCAAAAUGAACAGUUGUUGAACGCAAUUAAAGAAAUAUGUGCUAAAGGGGGAAUGAAUGGAUAUAUGAGAGAUAAACGUAAAAAUGGCCAUGAGAAAGCUGACUGGGAAAAUGGUGGGAAAAGCGGGAAAGAUAAAAAGGGACACAAUAGCGGGAAACUGGGUAAUGUCAAGGAUAAAUUUCUUGCUAAGAAUAGAAGUAGUUUCGAACUGAACUCUUUUAAUCUUGAGAAAUAUCUCAUCAACAAAGACAGAUUGUGUUCUAGUCAUGAGGAUUUACGUAGAAUUGGAAGUGAACGAAAAAAUGGUGGUUCUAAUGAUGACCAUUUGCAUGGAUCCCAAAGAAAGGACAAGAGCCCCAAAGAUAAGUUAAGUCCUGUAGAUUUGGGUAGAGUUACAAGUAUUUCUGCAAAGUGUCCAAAUGAUCGACAUCAACAAACACAUUCCCAGAACUUCUUCUCGGAGAGUGAUUUAUCGUUACCCGCAGGAAUUAAAUCAACCAGUGAAUCUUCAUAUCUUAGUGAGGGAACAAACUCAAGUGGAAUUUAUUCUGUAAGUGACCAUGAUCUAUCUGGUCAAGAUACUUCGACCAUGAGUAGUAAUUUUGGUGAGGCAGAUUAUUGCGAUGAUGAUGAUGAUGAUGACGACAGAAUAUUUUCGUUUAGCUCCACACAUAUCAACACCGUCAUUGACGAAGAGGACGUGAUGGGACCAAUGCAGCAUAGCAAAAUUAUGUCAAUGGGUUCCAUGCCCAAUGUUGCAAACGUGUAUGAUGAAGGUCGGUUAAACCCCACAAAAAAUCGACCUCAUUCCUUAUCAAGUAUGGACCUAGCUGCAAUUCAGCAACAUACCCAUCUGUUUACACAGCAAGGUCAGGGUCAUGUCAUGCAAGCGGAGGACAUUACCCCACCAAAUAGUCCAUCAUAUCAUGGCAAACCCGAGUUAACACCAUUUCAAACUUUUAAAACCAUGUUUAAACGGAAAGGUAGCAAAAACAAAGGGAAGAAAAGAUCAGUUUCAUUGUCUCAAACUACAAACAAAGAAUACAGUGAGGCGCUGAAAAAGCAUUUCCAAAAAUAUGACAUGCAGUAAUGCUCUAUAAUAUAAUGAUGGCUUUGUAAGUCCAACAAUACAAGCUUUGUGUUUAAAGAUGUAUAUUGCUUGAAAUGCUCUAUUUUUGUUUAGACAUGAUGAUGUAUGUUUUGUGCAUACAAUCAAUUUCUAAAUUCUUAAAGGUUCAUGUUAGAUGAUUAUUAGGUGAAAACAGUAAAUUCCUCAUGAUUUCCAAAAUAAUGCUUUUCUAAAAUCAUACUUUUCAAAUCAUUUUUCACCCAAUGUGGAGCAUAAACCAUGCUACAAUGUGUUUUUUUUAUCCAUUUACUAGAAUUAUUUAACUGUUUUUAUCAACAAUAAAACAAUUAUCUUGUAUUUGCAAGCCUAUCACAGCCUAUAGUUAAUGAAAAACUACAUUGGCUGCAUUAAUGAAUAUUUAAAAAAACAAUAUUUAAUGAAAAAGACAGGAAAAAUAUAUGAUAAUUUCCCAUAAAUGACUGCAGUUAUAACAUUUGUUUUAUAGUUCUGACAUUAUUCUUUAUAUUAGCCAUAGAACAUGUAUUUAUUUUUUUAAGUGAUAUGAAAUUUCUGAAACUGCUGAUUCAGAUUUUAGUGCAGAUAUGUUUGUUUAUUUAAUAGAUAUGAAAAGUUCCUUUAAAGAUUGUCAUAAUGCUGUGCAUCUUUUUGACAUUCUAUAAUUAUUAUUAAUUGAGAACAAAAUUUAAAUUUUUGAUGGACAUAAAUGAGAACGUUUAUUUAAAAUAACUGAUCAAUAUUUAACCAAUUUCUUAUCUUUUGUAUGCAAAUGUUAAAUUGACUUUCUUAAAAAUUCCCAUACAUACCACCCGCUGAUUUGAAGAUUUUGCAAAAAUGUUAUGGUACAACAAGUUCUGUUUGAUUUCAAAUUAAGCAUUACAUAUGAUCCAGUAAUACACAGAUUACUUUGGACUUAUGAAGGUUGAUCUUUGAUACCAAUUCAUGCCAAUUAUUGUUAUAGGAUUAAUAUAGGAAAGAACGUGACCUUUGAGAUGUGUAAUUUUAACAAGAUUAGAAUAUUUUUGUAUAACAAUAUUCAAGUACAGUUGAUUCAGUUGGAAGUAUUCAAAUUAUAAUUGACACCGUGAUCCAAGCUAAAUUAACCGCGUUACAGUUGUAGUACACAAUUUUAUAUUUUUAAUCGGCUUGCAAAAUAUUAAUUAUUACUUCAUACUGUUUUAUAUACAUUGUACAUGUAUACUUGUUGACAUAUUCAGAGUGUCUAAACCUUGGUAUCCAUUGUUGUAAGCGACAUCAGUGUGCAAACACUUCAAUGUUGGCCAUUUCCCUCAAACAGUUUAAGUAAUUCAAAUGAAACUUGGUAUAAUCAUGUAUGCUGCUGGAGGUAGUUUACACACAAGUCAUGUACACAUGUACGAAUGCCCAGAAGUCUUGUUAUAAUUGUGGAGUACAUGUUUGUGACUUAUUUGACUGAAAUAAUUCCAUGAGUGUUGAAGUUAGCUCUCAAGUCUCCUCAGCACCCGGCUGUUCAUGCUGUUCGUUUACACCAUGUAUUGUGUGGUGGUAUGCAUGCUAUUUAUUAUUGCAAUAUUUUUUCUGUUUUGUUCAUUUUUGUAAAUCCAGAGUUAGCUAUUAAUGAUUGUUUAAUGAUUACUGAAUAUUUUUAUUCAAAUAUCAACUAUCGUUUUAAGUGUUUCUAGACAUGAUAAAGGUGAUCGUAUAUGUAUACCAUAGGAGACAUUUAAAAUUCUUUUGCUGAGCACCAAUAUGAUGUUUUGAUAUUUAUAGAUUAUGUGAUUACGUUAAAAACAAAAUUAACACAUUUCCUGGGCUACCAUUUCAAGGAGUUAGGUUUGUCAUGCAGCUUGUCUAUGUAACUAUCUUCCACUGGUACGUAGGGAAGGUAGCUCCUUCCAAGCAGCCCAUAUGUUAUAUGCAGUUAAUUCGUAGUGUUGUAUAACUCUUGUUUCAUUUUUGAAAGAGUUGUUGAGAAUGUUACCUGGUUGGAAGCAUGUUGGUGUGGACGGUAUAUCAGUACAUGUUGGUGUGGAUGGUAUAUCAGUACAUGUUGGUGUGGACGGUAUAUCAGUACAUGUUGGUGUGGACGGUAUAUCAGUACAUGUUGGUGUGGACGGUAUAUCAGUACAUGUUAGUGUGGAUGGUAUAUCAGUACAUGUUAGUGUGGACGGUAUAUCAGUACAUGUUGGUGUGGACGGUAUAUCAGUACAUGUUGGUGUGGACGGUAUAUCAGUACAUGUUGGUGUGGAUGGUAUAUCAGUACAUGUUGGUGUGGAUGGUAUAUCAGUACAUGUUGGUGUGGAUGGUAUAUCAGUACAUGUUGGUGGGACGGUAUAUCAGUACAUGUCGGUGUGGACGGUAUAUCAGUACAUGUUGGUGUGGACGGUAUAUCAGUACAUGUUAGUGUGGACGGUAUAUCAGUACAUGUUGGUGUGGACGGUAUAUCAGUACAUGUUGGUGUGGACAGUAUAUCAGUACAUGUUUGUGUGGACGGUAUAUCAGUACAUGUUAGUGUGGACGGUAUAUCAGUACAUGUUGGUGUGGACGGUAUAUCAGUACAUGUUUGUGUGGACGGUAUAUCAGUACAUGUUAGUGUGGACGGUAUAUCAGUACAUGUUAGUGUGGACGGUAUAUCAGUACAUGUUAGUGUGGACGGUAUAUCAGUACAUGUUAGUGUGGACGGUAUAUCAGUACAUGUUGGUGUGGAUGGUAUAUCAGUACAUGUUGGUGUGGACGGUAUAUCAGUACAUGUUGGUGUAGAACAAAAUGUCUGUUCUAGGAAUUACUGUAUCAAACUUAUAGAAUGAAUUACUUUGUUAUGUAGGGUGCCUGUAAAUUAAAAAAAAAACGAAUGCUUUAUGUGAUGUAUGCCUAGCAACACGCCUAGCAACACGGCCACCUUUUGAUCUAAAUAUGUUUUGUGCAUGUAACAUGUUUUAUUUCAUUGUUUGUAACAUGUGAUGUUACACUGUGUUGUACUGUAUGUACAUGUAACAUGUUUUAUUUAUGGAGAUACAGACUUUGUACAGAAUAAAUCACAAACAGAUAA